UGGGGGGGUGACGGGGAGUUUCUGAUGCCGUCAGCCGGGACAGGAGCGCUGCAGCGCGGAUAGAGAACCAUGGCUGAAGACUACUGGGAGUGCACGGCGGCGGCUUUGGGAUUUUAGGAUUUACAGCAAGGACACACACACACACACACACGGGAAUCUCACGUCCUCUCUCGGGGCAACUGAACAGUGGCUGCCCCUCCCUCCUCGUCGUCUCGGCCCCCCCUGCCCCCCCUGAUGGAGCGCGUGAGGAAGAUCAAGCGGCAGCUGUCCAUGACGCUGCGGGGCAGCAACAGCGGGGACAAGAACCUGCCCGAGAGCAUCAGUUCUCAGGACACGGGAGCACACAGCGACUCCGAGGCCAUGCCAGGCGGGGGUAGUGCCACUCUGCGUGGUUCAGUGCGAGGAGCGGGCGGCUCAUUCAGCAUGCACUCGCUCCUGCAGUCCUACAGCAGCGCCCUGCACCGGCCGCGCAGCCUGGGCCGCAGCCUCAGCUCCUAUCUCAACCACACCACACGCCUCGAGAUCGUCCAUGAGGACGUGAAGAUGGGCUCCGACGGAGAAAGCGACCAGGCGUCGGCCACCUCCUCUGACGAGGUGCACAGCCCGGUCCGCGUGAGGAUGCGCAACAACGCAGGCCGCAAAAUUUCCACUGAGGACAUAAAUAAGAGGCUGUCUCUUCCGGCUGAUAUCCGACUCCCAGACGGCUACCUGGAGAAGUUCAGUCUGAACAGUCCGCUGUUUGAUAAACCACUGAGCAGACGACUGCGUAGGGUCUCUCUGUCAGAAAUUGGUUUCGGGAAGUUGGAAACCUACGUGAAACUGGAUAAACUAGGAGAGGGCACGUACGCCACGGUCUAUAAGGGUCGCAGUAAACUAACCGAUAACCUCGUGGCUCUCAAGGAGAUUCGGCUGGAACACGAGGAAGGAGCUCCGUGCACUGCCAUCAGAGAGGUUUCCCUGUUAAAGGAUCUCAAACAUGCCAACAUUGUGACUCUGCAUGACAUCAUCCACACCCAGAAGUCUCUGACGCUCGUGUUUGAAUACCUAGAUAAAGACCUGAAACAGUAUCUGGAUGACUGCGGGAACUGCAUCCACAUGCACAACGUGAAGCUCUUCUUGUUCCAGCUUCUGCGAGGACUGAGCUACUGUCACAGACGCAAAGUCCUCCAUCGAGACCUCAAACCGCAAAACCUCCUCAUCAAUGACCGUGGGGAGCUCAAACUGGCUGACUUCGGUCUGGCUCGUGCGAAGUCAAUUCCCACCAAGACUUACUCGAAUGAAGUGGUAACCCUGUGGUACCGCCCACCAGACAUCCUAUUGGGCAGCACAGAUUACUCCACCCAGAUUGACAUGUGGGGCGUCGGCUGCAUCUUCUACGAGAUGGCUACGGGUCGGCCGCUGUUCCCGGGAUCCACGGUGGAGGAGGAGCUGCACUUUAUCUUCAAACUGCUAGGAACGCCUACGGAAGAAACCUGGCCUGGAAUAACCUCCAAUGAAGAAUUCAUCUCGUAUAACUACCCCCGUUACCGUGCCGACUGCCUCCAUAACCACACCCCUCGGCUGGACAAUGACGGAGUGGACCUGCUGUCCAAACUGCUGCAGUUUGAAGGAAAGAAGCGCAUAUCUGCAGAGGAAGCGAUGAGGCACUCGUACUUUCACUGUCUGGGAGAGAGAGUUCUUACACUGCCUGACACUACAUCCAUAUUUGCACUUCAAGACAUUCAGCUGGAGAAGGAGACGACCAUGAGGACGAGCUCGAUAUCAGACUCAGUGAACAGCAUAUCUCAACGGCAGAGUCUGCUCUUCUGAUCAGCCCGAGGCGCGUCUAAGAAGAGACGAGGACGACCGGCGAGAUGUUUGUGUGCGGUUAUGAUGAAGGGAUCCCUGUUUGUCUCCCCCUCCACGUUUCUCUCUAACUGAGUCAUCGCUGUCACAAGGCAUUGUUUUUUGGAAGAAAAGGGGGAGGAGUUACUAGAUGUUUACAUGGGAUAAUGAGAAUUUUUUUUUUUGUUAGUUUUUUUGUAUUUAUAUACGUUUGUGUCCUGAUGAUACACUCUGUCCGCAUGUAUCUAUAAGCCAUGUUCUCUUCCCACUCACUUUCGGUGGUCGUAACACUAAACACACAGUGGCUGCGCGUCCGGUCGGAUCGGACUUUACAGAAAGUGAAUUGAUUUUCUUUUUUUUUUUUUUAAGUUUAUUGCGAAUUUGUUACUAAAGAAGAACCACUAAUAAUGAAGCGAACGGUUAGUAAUAAUUUCCUCGGCUUCAGAGCUCUUGACUGUUGAAGAGGUUUGAAUGCUGUUAUGCAUUCAAGCCUUCGUCGUAGUCUUCCUCCUCAGCGUUCUCAAUCUGCCCCUCACACUCACUCAUGUAUCUCACACACACACACACACACACACACACACUGAUAACAAAACCACUGCAUGAUUUUUACCAAAGAUUUUUCCCUCCUUAAAAUCAUUAGAGCUUCCAGUUUUCCCUAAACCCCUCUCUGUUUUUAUCCUUGCUGCCGUCUGCUACUUCAUAUUUUCCUUAUUUUUGUUUUUUGUUUUUUUUACCGAGGAAGUUUUACGCUAAUUUGGAAACGUGUUUUAAAAAACGUGAUGCACAGUCCAAUAUAAACCCAAAAGCUAAGCAGUUAAAGGUUAUGGCUUUUAUUCUUUGUGGCUUUCUGAACUUUCUCAGCCUUCACAGUUCUGUUGGUCUUAGGAUAUUUUUUAGGAGAAUGUUUAAGAAUUAAUUAUUCUUACAGUCUGAGUGUUUUUCACGUCGUAACAGUUCAACCCACAGCCAGGUGAUGUGUUUGGACCCCUUUAGAGCCGUAGCUCACUCAGGAUUAUCAAGUUCAGCCACUCAGAAGCUGAAAGAUACUGUAUUGUAUAUAUGAGAGUGGAGCGCGGGAGGACGAAGUGUCUUGGACUCGUCCAACUUCUGAGGGACUGAACACACCGUGUUCGGGUUAUCGGUAGUGAGCAGUGCAGGGAUAUUUGAUAAACAUAAGGAUCCCUGGUUUAAUGGAUUUUACAUUUUCGAUUCCAGACUUUUUUUUUAAUCCAGCAUAGAAAUUUGAAGUUAGCCCCGCCCCCUUAGCAGGAACAAAAGGGACUAAGCUCCACCCCUUAAAAAUCCUUACAUCAUAAUAAUUGCUUUAAACAACUUCUCAUCUAACAAGCAUGACCAAUCGUUUUCAUAAACGGCUACGGUUGUGUGUGUGUGUGACUCCUUCACGUUCGAGAAUGAACGUUUGUUUAAUCUGUGCCUCCCUACUGGAGAGGUGUGUGUUGUGCAGGAAGCUGCUGUGUGUGUGUGU